GUUGUUGCCUUUUGCAUUCUCCGAUCCACCGUUCUAUCUUGUUGAUCCCCUCUUCAUCAUCAUCAUCAUCUUCUUCUUCUCCUUCUCUCACUCAAGUUGCUUGUUUUCACCUUUGAAAAUGGGGCAAAACAGAAGGAAGAGAACAAGAAUUUCUGCUUGCAUGAGCCAAGAAACUGGAAAUGAAAGGAGCUCAGGUGCAAGAAGGUUCGUUCUUUUUGUGGGUUUUUCAGUUAUUCCCGUUCUCAAAUUGACUGCCAAGGCUUUUGAAAGCUGGCCCCAAGAUGGUUCUGACCUAAAAUCUGUGGAACAGGACCGCAGAGCUGAGCAAAAACAUCAAGGAGAUGCAUCACACAACCCCUUUGUUUCACUUCUCAGUGGACUUGGAAUUUUGGGUUCUGGUGUGCUUGGUGCUCUAUAUAUGCUGUCCCUAAAGGAGAAGGCAACUUCUGAGGCUGCCAUUGAAUCUAUGAGAACAAAACUGAAGGAGAAGAAGCUGCCAUUGUUUCAUGGAGAAGAAAUUUCGGAUCAGUUUGCAGGCUUGAACUCAGAGAAUGAAGAACUGAAGGAUAAGCUACUGAAAAAUGAAAAUGAGCUGGAACUGAAAACUGCUGCAGUGGAUGAUCUGAAUGUGCAAGUAGGUAUGUUGAUUGCUGAGAAAGAGGAAUCUAAGAGAAAGUUUGAUGCAAUAAAAGGGGAGUACAAUGACUUGAAGUCUUCAUCAAUGAAGAAGGCAGCUGAAGAUGCCAAACUCUUGGAAAUGCAAGACCUUAAACUUCAGCAAUUGGAGGAGCAGCUUGAGUCUACCUCAAGUGAACUAGCAAGAGAAUUGUGCUUGGAGCUUGAAGUUGAAGUUUCUAAGGUUAGGGCAGACUUUGCUGAAACUAAGGAGACCUUACAGAAGAAAGCUGAAGAAGCAAGGAGAGAUGCCGAGGUUUUAGCUGGUGAGCUAACAUCUGUGAAGGAGCUCCUGAAGGAAAAAACUGAAGAGAUUCUAAAUGUGUCUAAUGAACUCGCUGCUGUUGUACAAACACGUGAUGAGCUUCAAAAGGAACUAGUUGACGUCUACAAGAAAGCAGAAAGUGCAGCUAACGAUCUAAAUGAAGAAAAAGCAAUUGUUGCUUCUUUGAACAAAGAGUUGAAAGCUUUAGACACUAGAGUCUCUAAAGAGAGUGAAGCCCGGAAAUCACUCGAGAGGAAUCUGGAAGAAGCUACAAGAUCACUGAAUGAGAUUAAUCAGAAUGCGCUAAUACUUUCAAGGGAGCUAGAGCUUGCUAACAGUCAGAUUUCCAGCCUCGAAGAUGAGAAAGAUGCACUCUAUAAAUCCUUGCCUUAUAAGGCAACUAGGGCAGGAAAGGGAGAGUUCGGAAAGAGAGCAAAGAAACUAGAAGAGGAAUUGGCUGCUGCAAAGGGUGAAAUACUGCGGCUAAGGAGUCGCAUAAAUUCCUCGAAAACUAAUGUGAAUGACCAGCAUCAGCAAACUGUUGAAGUGGGAGCUAAAGCUGCCGCUCCUGUGAAGAGAGUUGCCAGGAGGAGAAAGGCUGUUCGACAGAAAGAUGAGUCGACAGAAAGAUGA